AAAAGGUCAAAAACCGGAAGUCUCGUACUUUCUUCCACAGCAGUUCCGAUCAGAAAAUCUUGAAUUCUCCGACAACAAACUUAUCUCUCUGUAACUCUGUUCGUCAUUAGGAUCUUAGGGAUUUAGAAGCUUAAAAUAGAAGGUGUGACAGAGUAGAAGAAGAAGAAGAAGAAUACAGCGAAAUCGAUCUGAGAUAAUUGUUGUCGUAGCCAGGAGGAAGAGGGAUGGGAGAUGUCUGGACAUGGAUUAUUUCAUUCUUAAUCCUUAUCACUCUUGUCGGAUUAAUCGUUUAUCAGCUUAUUUGCUUAGCUGAUCUCGAGUUUGAUUACAUCAACCCUUACGACUCUGCAUCAAGAAUAAACUUUGUGGUAUUACCAGAAUUCAUUCUUCAGGGACUUUUAUGUUUACUCUACCUCGUGACGGGUCACUGGUUCAUGGCACUACUCUGUGUCCCUUAUCUCUACUACAAUUUUCAACUUUACUCGAAGAAACAGCAUUUGAUAGACGUCACAGAGAUCUUCAACUUGCUUGAUUGGGAAAAGAAGAAACGGCUCUUCAAGCUCGCUUACAUGAUCCUCACACUCUUUCUCACCAUUUUCUGGUUAAUCUAUUCGACACUGGAUGAUUACGAGGACUAAUGGCGACACACUCCUACAAGACACAUGGGUUUGAUCACUGUGACAUGAAAGAAAGAAAGGUUUAUCGUAUGUUUGUCACUGUGGGUGUUGUUAGGGUUUGUGGCAUUAGAGAUUUGUGUAAUCUUUAGUCUUUUAAAAACAUUGGUGAUGCACGAGAAGUAUCAUUAAUGUUUCUUGGUCAACCAAAAUUGGAACCCUCUAACUCGUUCAGAGGUUUCCUUUGUUUAGCUGCAAAAUUGUUUUUAGUCCUUUCGUAGUUGUACUAACAAAAAUUAACAAAUUCUUCAAUAAUCCUCUCUCGUUCAUCAUCGUGGUGGGUUUCUCUUUCUCUGGAUUUUGGUUCUCCGAAUAAACUUUCUGAAUCGAACGAAAUUUGUGUGAGAUCAAAGGUUUCUACGUCGAACUUUUGGUUUGUUUGGUCUCUUAUUUUGGGUUUCCGUUGGAUUCUGAAUCUCUCUCUACGUUGAUUUCUUCUACUUGAUGGGUUAUAAGAAGCCCUAAAUAAUAUUUCGGUUAGGGUUACCAGAAACCCAAUUCAUCUCUCUCGAUCACAUUCUUGUCCUUCUUCAUCCUUUUGUUGUCGUCUGGUUUGAUUUUGCUUCUGGGUUUUCUGAAUUUCGUGUAAAUAAAUUGGAAUCUCUGAAGAUAAUAGUCGAAAAAAUCGACUUUGUGGAUGAUAAACCGCAAAGCUUUUAUCACUUUUUUUGGUGAUUCUCUUGAGGUUGGAUCAAUGGUUAACUCCAUCAAAGGAAUGUUCAUCUCAUGUGACGUUCCCAUGGCGCAGCUCAUUGCACAUUUGAACAGUUCGUUGCCUUGUUCGCAGAAGUUCAUAAUACAAGUACUGAAACUGGAUACUACUUGUAUGUUUGUGAAGCCACAAGCUGAAGAGAUGAUCCGCAGCGAGAUCUCCAAGUUUAGGGAUCAGAUUUCUUUCGCUAAGCCGACUUGAUGUUGUUGAUUUGGAUCAUAUUAUAUAGUGUUUGUGACAUUAAAAAUGAUUUGUGUUAAACCUCUGAUGAGAAAAAAACAUGGUGUUUUUUAGUUGGAGUUGUGUGCAGGGUGAGAUGAAAUGUAUUCGGUUCUUACAAAACCGAAUUGGUUUAUUGGUUUGAGAGUUUGAUUUUAUACAGUACAAAUUCCAUCUCUUCUUCUUC